UGCACUAAAAGCUGUUUGCAUAUAACAGACGGCGGUUGGACUAUCGUAAGGUGAAUCGCAGAUCACGUUGUUAAGAGAACAGUGAGUGAUUUUAUGCUGCACUACGUCCACAGACGUCUGGUUUUCUUGACGUCAGGAGAAGUCUGAGCGGACCCAGCGCUGCGCACAAGCACAGAAACCACAUCGCUCCCAGAGGGAAGGAGAACACACCACAGCCACAGAUCGCCAUUUAGCUGUAGUGUGGCGAAUCCGAUCAGCAUUGUAGGAUGCCUCUUGGAGAGGAUGGAAAUGGAUGGAAAAAGAAGACAUCAGACAUCAAAGAACAUUAUGACUUCAAAGAAGUGCUGGGGACGGGAGCUUUCUCGGAGGUGGUUCUAGCAGAGGAGAAAAGGACCCAGAGGCUGGUGGCCAUCAAGUGCAUCCCCAAAAAAGCGUUGGAAGGCAAAGAAAACAACAUCGAAAAUGAGAUCGCUGUACUACAUAGAAUUAAGCACCCUAACAUUGUUACGCUGGAGGACAUCUUUGAAAGUACAUCCCACCUAUAUCUUGUCAUGCAGCUGGUAUCCGGAGGUGAGUUGUUUGACAGGAUUGUGGAGAAAGGUUUCUACACAGAGAGAGACGCCAGCCAGCUCAUCCACCAGAUCUUGGAUGCAGUCAAAUAUCUCCACGAUAUGGGGAUUGUCCACAGAGACUUGAAGCCGGAGAAUCUGCUGUAUUACAGUAUGGACGAGGACUCCAAAAUCAUGAUCAGUGACUUUGGCCUGUCAAAGAUUGAAGGAGCGGGCAGUGUCAUGUCUACAGCCUGUGGUACUCCUGGAUAUGUGGCUCCUGAGGUGCUUGCUCAGAAGCCAUACAGCAAAGCAGUGGACUGCUGGUCCAUAGGAGUUAUUUCUUAUAUUCUGUUAUGCGGAUAUCCCCCGUUUUACGAUGAAAAUGAUGCCAAGUUAUUUGAGCAGAUUCUGAAAGCAGAGUAUGAAUUUGACUCUCCGUACUGGGAUGACAUCUCAGAUUCAGCCAAAGACUUCAUAUGUCACCUGAUGGAGAAAGACUCUAUGAAGAGAUACACAUGUGAGCAGGCCCUCCAGCAUCCAUGGAUCUGCGGAGACACAGCCCUGGACAAGAAUAUCCAUGAGUCUGUCAGCGCUCAAAUCAAGAAGAACUUUGCCAAAAGUAAAUGGAAGCAAGCAUUUAAUGCCACAGCGGUGGUGCGCCACAUGCGGAAGUUGCAGUUGGGCACGAGUCUCGAGGGACCCAGUCAGAUAACUCCCACCAGUCCCUGCCAUGGACAUCUGCUCCCAGAGGAAGAGGAGGAAGAGGAGGAAGAUGAUGACCUGGGGAAUGGGGAGGAGGAGAGCUUGUCGCACUAUGAGGACGGCCGUCGCGGAAGCACCGAGGGCAGCACAGACCGGGACAGCCUGAGAAGCUGCACCUACUGCUGUAGGCCAGCCAGUCGCGUUUGAGCACAACUACCCGUUGUCAUGGUGACAUUGUAUCCCUGGAGCGCCCAGAGCCCGCCCGCCCAGUCUGGCCAGGAAUGCAGAGUAGUUAUCAGGCAGUGUCCACCAGAGUACAUCCACAGCAAGCAGGUCACUGUCACAGUGUGGAGAAACAUACUGUAAGUCUUUGUCCCCCCCAAAAAGAUAUAUACACAUCUUAUUCAAGACACAUAUUUUUGUGUUGUUUUUUUUUAUGCAGAGACAGUGAUUUAAGGAAAGGGCCAGUCUGGAUGAUAAGCAACCUAACAUGUAGCUGUCCUGUGCAGCCACAGCAGACAGGGGUCAUCUGACAGUGCGCACAUUACAUGACAUGAUUCUGGAUGUUAGCUUCAGGAGGCCUCUGGAGUCUUAAUCAAAGAUGAGGCGGUGGCUUAAAGGCAGUCUGCUCCAUUAUUUUUGUUCUCACAUUAUCUGUCACAUCUACCUCUAAUCACAAUUACCGUCUGUCUGCUUCCAUCUGGCUCACACUCUCUGCAUUACUGGCAGCUUUCUCCAAAAAUCUGGCCAGACAGGGCUCAAAGAAAAGGGAAAUACUGAAAGCUACUCCUGCAUGUCUUUAUACUCCUUACCCAUCAGUGUGACUCAAUCUAGUCACUGACCAAGUAGCUGUUUAGUUGAAUAGAGUUAAAUUCAAGGCAUGACUCCACUGCCGAUGCCACAUGCCUAUUUGUUCUGUUUGAUCACACUGUCUUUUUUCUCAUGUUAAGUGUUUUUGUCCUUUUCUAAGUAUUUACUACUUUUGUUUAAAGCCUUUUUUUGUUUUUGAACAUUGAAGGUGAUUCUGGGGGUUAUGGACUCUAUAUUCUGGCUCAGACUGGGUUUGUAAAGAUUGGUUCUGACCCAGAGUGUCUGCAUGCUUCUGUUUGGGAAAAACAUGAAUAUCAAAAGGAGACUUUUUUGUUUUGUUUUAUGGCUGUUCUGUUAUCUGAGGCUCAAACUGAGAUCCCCGUUAGUCUAUAAAAUCACAGGAAUCAGACCUUCCUCUGUGGGUUCACAUGGCCUUAGGAGGAGUUAUUUUGAAGGUGCGAUUAUGACUAGAAUCUGCUGCAUGUAGGAAGGAAACAACCAUAUUCACAUCAUCCCUGUUCUGUUUUUGAAAAGCGUCUAAAUAUUGGUCAGUCUCUGGGUCAGAGGGAUCUCAGUCUGGGCGCUCCGCCUGCUCUGUGCUGUGCACCUCUAGUGGAAGAAAUUUUGGUCUACUGUUUGCAUGACCUGGUUAAAUAUGUUUACAUGAAUGAUGAUCAAUUAGUAUAAAUACACAUGAUUAUUAUUACUCUGUUGUAUUGAAAAAAAAAAGAUGUAAUACUGUAAUUUUGAGCUAUAUAAUGUGAAGUGAGUAACACCAGAAGUAAUGUUGUUGACAAAGUACAACACAGCACAGUGGACUUAUCAUUUGCAUUGACAGUCAAGUCUCUACCUGAGGGACAUUUCUCUUGUUUAUUUGCACUUUUUUCCAGUCUGUUUUCUUGCUUAUGUUGAAUCUAUUUGUUCCUCUCUGAUACCCAGGCACAAGCAGAAAAAAUACACAUAUCCUAUUUUGACACAGGUGCCAGCCACAGUGCAAAACAUGAAAAAAAAAAAAGAAAACUUAGCUUGGAAAGCAUCACCUGUCUGCCACGGGAGUAGCUUUCAGUGAGCGAGCACUAUAGCUGUUAUACCGAGGAGACGAACUACAAAACUAAAGCCAUACAGUUAAAUGGGGACAUUUUACUGCAGAUUAAGAAGUGUUUUCAUCUUAUAAAUAUACAACUCUGUUGAAGGAUGACGAUGCUUCGGCUCAAUAUUUAAUGUAGAAAAAAGAAAAGGCAAACUUCUCCCAGAAAAUACUUUAAUUCUGAUAUUAACCAUGCCAUUACAUUUUAGUUUAAGGUAUUUCAGCACACAAUGCCGCAUUAUUAGUUAGCUGUAGAGAUAGAAAACCUAUCCAUUAAAAUGUUGUUGCCCAUAUAAACCCACAAUCUGUCAUUGAUUCUUACAGGUCCACAGUAUAAUAAGAGAAGGCAAUCACUCUGGAUUUACACGACUGUAAUUGUGGAAAAUAUGCAAACUGUGUGUGAAGGGCUUCAUGUUAACUGUUAGAUAGCCAACGCUGAUGACUUUGAUAACUUGGCUAUUAUUUGUUUGGUAAAGACCUUAUAUUGAACCUUACCUGGGAUUUGUUUCCACUUGGCUGUGUUUUUUUUAAAAGCUUAUUUUACCCAUUACAAACACAUCGAAAUGCAUUAAGAAACACGUGUAUAUUAUAUAUAUAAAUAUAAGUAUAUAUUGUAUAUCCUUUUUUGUAAAAGCUGUUUUGAGCUACAAAUGUAUGGAUGCAAUGCAUCAUGGGUUAUUGAAAAAGAUGUAAGAAAAUACAAUGAUUUGUACCCACAGAGAAAUGAUUGCAGGAGA